CAGAGUAUCUGGAUUGCCAUUCUUAACAUCUCCUCAACUCACUGCAAAAAUGAAGAACCUGAUCUUGGUUGCUGUGAUCCUUCAGCUUGUGAUCACAAUAUCACAGAUUCAGACAUAUCAGUUUGGAGAUAUUAUUUCUUUUGAAAGGAGAUGUGGGGGUACAGUUUUCUACAAGCACUUUGCUAUUUAUGUGGAUAACGAGACUUUAACUGGCAGAAGACCUGAGGACGACAUUUUUCAUUUCACAAAACAAGGCUCAUCAAUUACAUGCACGUUUGAUGAACUCAAAGAGACCACAGGCAAAGUAGAUAAUUACUUCGAUGGUGGACUAACCAUGGGAACUCAAGAGGAGAUUAAAGCACGCAUCCAGGCAGCGAGGACACAUUGUGGGUUGUAUAAUCUCUUUACAAACAACUGUGAACAUCUUGCUACCUUCGUGCGGUACGGAGAAAAGUUUUCACUGCAGAAUGGCACGUUUGUUGCAAAACUGUGCAGCAAGACGAGUAGAAGUUGCACGCCACUAAAAAAAAAGGCUGAGGAGCUGAUUGAGAAUGCAAAGAAGGAAGCAGAAUGUAUGAAGAAGUCUGAAGCCUCUUCUUCACGAAAACAUAACGGUUAAGAGGUGACAAACAAGCUGUCAAUGUUGUCUUAUUAAAAAUAAAAUACUGAGCAAGAAUGGACUGUCUUCUUCUGUCCUUAACACUGUUUGGAAUGCUAUAUAUGAACAUUAUUAGGAACAUGUGCACACUUGCUUAUUCAGGCAAUUAUCCAAUCAUCCAAUCAGAACCUUUGUAAAGGCAGGAAAGAGGAAGGCUGCAAGCUGGUAAACAUAACAGUAAACAAUUCUGGAUUUAAAAUACUUAAAAAAAAUUAUUUUUGAGGAAAGAAAUAUAUUCAACACACAUAAGAAUACAAACCAUGCAUUUUAGCAUUAUCACUGCACCUUUAUUUUUAAACAAUGAAAGUCUAAAGGGCACUUUUAAAACAUCAGUUGUGACCACAAGGAACAACAUGGGUCACCAAAUCAACUGGGGCUUAACUUCAAGUAAGUCUGCAUACAGCUUAGCAACUUUCCUCUGACCACAACUUAAAGACAUUCUCACUCAUUCUUUGUGUGCGUUCAUCCAGUGUGAGUCAGUUGUGAACAUUUGGAGCAUCAGUGUUUUGGUCAAGGACAAUUUGUGGCUGUGCAAACAGAAGGUUGUAACUUGCUGGACACUUUUAGGCCACCCUGCAUUUAGAGACACUGAGAUUCCUGAAUUUACCUGCAGUUUCAGACAGUUUGUAGAUACAUGACAGACAUCACACACAGGAAUACUCCAAGAAACAAGUAAUAAUAUUUAUUGUAUCAACUGGAGUCAUGCUAUAUGACACAUAUGACAUUUAUGUGACAUUUAAAACCAAUGCUCUGGCGAGAAUAACGAAGCUACUGUCUGCUCAUUUCUGAACCUCAUCUUGUUGGGAGGAAAAAAUUUAAAACCUUGAGGAGGAUGUUUGUGUGUGUGUGUGUGUGUGUGUGUGUGUCAGUGUGAAUGAGUCAGGGACAGAACAAGUCUUGUGACCAGCUUGCAGUAGAGAAGAAUUAUUGGAAUGCC